UUCCUGCUAAAAAAGUGAAGAAGCCAAAAAGGGCUGAAGCUAACUUCUAUCCAUCUUUUCCUACUGGUGAGACUAUGGACAGCCUGGAAAAAGUGAGACUAGAACUUCAGAGAUUGGGAUAAGGAACAACGAAAAGGUCAUCGCAGACAAAAUGGCGAGCACGUUUGCGUACAGACGAUAUGAGGUGGUAAACCAAGAACUAAGCAUUCAAGACUUGAAGGAAAGAUGGCCUGCUCUCUUCACACAGAAAGAGAUUAAUACAGAGUUCCAGAGGAUCACGGCUGUUCCUCUUGAGGAGAAGUUCAUGGCACAGUUAGACAUGCACUCAAGUCAGCUGAUCAAAGUCAUCCGUGCCAAAGGAGGAGCAACACGCCAAAAGACUUCAGAUAUCAUGGACACUUUGGACCAGACUGUGGACAUUAAUCUUCGGAGGGAAUGUGUGCUGAAAGCCCUCACCAUCUUCAUGGGAGAAGAUGUAAAUGACCUCAUCAAGGAAUAUCUUGACUCUGGAACAGAUGAUACUCAGAGGGAGCUGGAGCAGCUCACCAUGGCAGUGUUUGUCAUUCGGAAGGAGGGGGAAGGACUUCAGGAGCCACCUGAAGACAUUGGCAUCAUCAUUGACGGCACGGAAGUACUGCAUGAACUGACUUCGGUUGCCUCAGCUUGUGCCAUGCUUUUAGGUUUGAUUCAUGCACUAAACCUAGCUUAUCCAAAACCCCUUCGCUUCACUUUUGAAGUACUCCAAAAAAUCCUGAUGCAGCUUGAUCAGCAUAAGGUGUCCCCCAAAGUCUAUAAUCUGUAUAGCAAACUUCAAACCUCACAGUAACGAUACACUACGAUGGAUUCCUCCUCUGGGCCAACAAACGGCCUAGUGCCAUACUGUGAAAAAACAAUGGUGUUUGCACAUAAUGCGUUUAAAAAACGUGUCUCUUUCGGUUGUUGGGCCUCAUUUUAAUGCUCGACGAGACUCAACAAAUGUUCCUGAAAACCACAAUUUGAAGUGCUU